AACACACAAAAUUCGCAACCAAAAUCGUGUCGCAAGGUGCAAUUCGCAAUUUAAUUGUGCAAAAUUUGCCGUAAGUAGCCAGUGCGUAUGGCGACCAAGUGUAGUCGGUGGUGUUAAAUACUCUCUUAGUGAAAACGAUCUGGCUCGAUACGUUGUUUUCCAAAAGACUCUCACAUACCCUGAACACACACACGUUUGUUAGCACGAGCAGCAACAGCAGCCACAAAACAAUCGAUACCAGCAUUGCCUGUGUGUGGUGGCGUGUUCGUUUGGUGUGUCACAGUGUGUAUCGCGCCUGCUUGCCUGCCCCGCACUCGGAACUAGGAACUAAUCACGGGCCAGCACCACCACCAGUGGAGUCUAUGCUAUGUUGCAUAGCGUUGGCAGAAUCCCGCUAGCGAACUAUCUGCGUUGCUGCACGUCGUCGUCCACCGGACAUCUGCGCAAAGUACCCCGUGCCGGCGGUAGUCUCGGGAGCAGCCCGCUCGGUCUGCACACACCGUCGGUUGACUGCUGCUCGUUUUCCGCCAGCUCCUCGCUACUGCUCCACCACCCGCUUCCUUCUCCACCGGCCUCACCACAGCAUCAACCUUCGCCCCAUCAUCCGCUAGCGUCAACAACGCAAGUACGCUCCUGCUCGAACCAUUCGAAAGCACCACCCCAGUCGGGCCAGACAACGAUGGCGGCCAACUCGAGCGGUACGGAACCAAAGUUUACCAACCGAUUGAAACAGGAGAAAUCGCCCUACCUGCUACAGCACGCCCACAAUCCGGUCGAAUGGUACCCGUGGGGCGAGGAGGCGAUCCAGCGAGCAAGGGCGGAAAACAAGCUCAUCUUCCUGUCGGUCGGCUACAGCACCUGCCACUGGUGCCACGUGAUGGAGAAGGAGUCGUUCGAGAACGAGGAGGUGGCCAAAAUCAUGAACGAACACUUCAUCAACAUCAAGGUGGACCGGGAAGAGCGGCCGGAUAUUGACAAGCUGUACAUGAUGUUCAUUCUGCUGAUUAAUGGUUCGGGCGGGUGGCCCAUGUCGGUGUGGCUAACGCCGGAUCUGGCCCCCGUGACGGGAGGGACGUACUUUCCGCCGAACGAUCGGUGGGGCAUGCCCGGCUUCACGACCGUACUGACGAAGCUGGCCGGCAAGUGGUCCACGGAUAAGGACGAUCUCGUGACGACGGGCCGGUCGGUGAUUGAGGCGAUCCGGCGCAACGUCGAUCACAAGCGGGCGGAUGAGGUGGAAGAUGCGACCAACAUGGAAACGCUGGAAGCAAAGUUCAAGCAGGCGGUCAACAUGUACCAGCGCAAUUACGAUAUGGUUUGGGGCGGUUCGCUCGGUGCGCCAAAGUUCCCGGAAGCGUCCAAGCUGAACCUAAUGUUCCACCUGCAUGUGCAGGAACCGAAGCACAAGGUGCUGGGAGUGGUGCUGAACACGCUGGACAAGAUGGCCGCCGGCGGUAUACACGACCACGUGUUCGGUGGCUUCGCGCGCUACUCCGUGGACAAGAAGUGGCACGUGCCACACUUCGAGAAGAUGCUGUACGAUCAGGGCCAGCUGCUGUCCCUGUACGCCAACGGGUACCGGUUGACCAAGAAGCCCUCCUAUCUGGCGGUGGCGGACGCCAUCUAUCGCUACCUUUGCAAGGACCUGCGCCAUCCGGCUGGCGGUUUUUACAGCGGCGAGGAUGCCGAUUCGCUACCGACGGCGGAGAGUGAGGAAAAGAUCGAGGGUGCCUUUUACGCGUGGACGUACGAUGAAGUGAAGGAGCUAUUGGGCGCGAAUGGGGAGAAGUUUGGCGAACUGGGCGGCGUUGAUCCGGUGGCCGUGUAUGCUGCGCACUACGACGUGAAGGAGGAGGGCAACGUGAAACCGAGCAGCGAUCCGCACGGCCAUCUGCUUGGGAAGAACAUCCUGAUCGUGUACGGUUCGGUGCGGGAGACGGCGGAGAAGUUCAACACGACGGUGGAAAUCGUCGAGCGUAUCCUGAAGACGGGCAAUGAGCUGCUGCACGAGGUGCGCGAUAAGCGACCGAGGCCACAUCUGGACACGAAGAUACUGUGCGCCUGGAACGGGCUCGUGCUUUCCGGGCUGUCGCAGCUGGCUUGCGUGAAGGAUGCACCGGGAAGGAGCGAGUAUCUGGCGACGGCGGAAGAGCUGGUGAAGUUCAUUCGAGCGAAUCUGUACGAUGUGCAGGCGAGAAAGCUGUUGCGAUCGUGCUACGGUGGGGCGGAAGAGUCGUUGGCAUCUGAGCGUCCCAUUUACGGAUUCAUCGACGAUUAUGCCUUCCUGAUCAAGGGACUGAUCGAUUACUACGUGGCAUCGUUGGACGAGCACGCUCUGCACUGGGCGAAGGAGCUACAGGACAUCCAGGAUGAGCUGUUCUGGGACACGAAGCACGGGGCUUACUUCUACUCGGAAGCCAACUCUCCAAACGUUGCCGUUCGAUUGAAGGAAGAUCACGAUGGUGCCGAACCGUGCGGUAACAGUGUCGCCGCCCACAACCUGCUCCUCCUGAGCGACUAUUUCGAGGAAGAGCGGCUGAAAGAGAAAGCACGCACCCUGUUUGACUACUUCGCACACACGGCCCAUUUCGGGUACGUGCUGCCGGAGAUGAUGUCAGCCGCCCUGCUGGAAGAGCAGGGCCGCAACACGCUGAUUGUCGUCGGUCCGGAAAGCCCCGAAGCAACCGCGCUGGUCGAUGGGGUGCGCGAGUUCUACAUCCCCGGCAUGAUCAUCGUGCAGCUGAAGAUCGAUCAGCCGGCGCACAUCGUGCGGCGGCGCAAAUCGCUCGACAACUUCAAGAUGGUGAAGAACAUGCCGACGGUCUACAUUUGCCACAACAAGGUGUGCCAUCUGCCGGUGACGGAACCGGAGCGGCUAACGGAAGAGUUCCAGCCGCGGUACACCUUCGACUACCAGGAGUACGAGAACUGAUUUUUCGAGGCCUAAGGUUUUCCAAAGGACGUGAGUGCCGACCGUGCCGACCCAUUGUAUUGAGGGGGGAUGGCAUGGGCGGAGCGGACUUUAGCUGGAAGACUGGUGGCCGCCGCAAGGGAAUCGAAAUCAAGAGACACACAGGCACACACAGCCAUGAUAUGAAGGAACGCGAUAAUGAGGACAAUUGGUUUUAUAAACGGAAGAAGACACGUGAUGAAAGCGGAUGAGUCGGGCGUCGAAUAUCAAUCCAAUCGGAUCGAUCAGGAUGAAAGAUCGAAUAUAGCAGGGAAAGGAAAGGGUGGAGUGGAUAGAAGAGGAUAAGUUCUCUCAACUUAUGUUAAGCAUUGGGGCACUAUUUCGACCGCCAAAACACAGCCUCGAGACGCUGCAUCACCUAAUACGAGCAAAGCUUAGCUGCGUUUAUCGCGUUUUUCCGUUGCUCGAGUUCUCGUUUUGUGUGUUACACGCUGACGACGACGGUUCACUAUUAUCCCUUGUGUACGCGCUUUGUAAUUAAACGAACCACUCAUAAUUUGCGCCAUCGGUUAUAAACCGAGUAGAGUUCGCAUUCCGUUUCGUGCCGUUGCGUUCCAACCCAGCCUCCCCAUCCCCAGCACAGCAGGAGAAAAGGAGCCGGAGGAACGGCAAAACGGUUGUUGUGUUGUUUUCCGGUGCUCGAUCGCGGUUCGCGCCUACUAUUUGUUGUUGACGUUGAUAAUUUAUUUGCUCAAAUUGGUAGCAGCGUGUUUAAGUUUAGUUUUCUGACCGUGCAUAUUGUUGCUAAUUUCGUUGUGUUGCGUUGUCACGCUUGUCGUGGAGUGGAGUCGCAGCUUGUCAAGAGUGUACACGGAAUCAAAAUGUUCACAAUUAGAUACGAUCGAAAGGCAGCGGCGAAGGAGAAAACUUGUUAGCAAACAAGAAGCAAAACAAAAACGUACCGCACACAUAAUUCUAUUGUAGAUUGCGAUCGCGCAUAGAUUGUAGGAAUCGUGUAUUUCGAUUUUUUAUAGAGCGUUUCUCGCCCAUGAUAUGCCGAUAUGCUAGUAAUACACAGCGCGAUAUAUAUUAUUAAA